UUUCUUCAAUCGAAGUAUCAGCAAUGACUGCACCCAAUACCAAAACCUUCGCUCCGGGAGCUUAUCUAGUAGGAGGGGACGACGCAAAUAGGCGUGCAGAUCGACCAGAUCUGCUCAUUUUGAACCAACCAAUAGCACACUUCUCUGCUUUCGCGCGUCUUUGGAGUCAUACAGAAUAUCGAAUAUGCGCAGAUGGCGGUGCCAACCGGCUAUACGAUAUGUUCAAGAGUGAUCUAGAGAUACAGAGAAGCAGAUACCUACCGAAUCUCAUACACGGUGAUCUCGAUUCGCUGAGAGAUGAUGUGCGUGCCUACUAUACUGCAAAAGGUGUAUUGGUGUCAAAAGAUCCCGACCAAUAUAGUACCGAUUUCGGCAAGACGAUGCAGAAGAUAUCAUCCCAAACUCCUUCCACUAUGCAAAGAGAUGUUCUUAUUCUCGGAACCUUAGCUGGGAGGGUUGAUCAAGGCCUUGGACUCCUAAAUGAGAUGAUACGAGAAGAGGCGAAGUAUGAGAACCUACGGUUAUGGCUCUUCUCUGAAUCUAGUGUCUCUUUCAUUCUUAGAAGUGGGCAGAAUGUCAUUCGGGGACUUUUGUCAAGUGGGCUUUUCACCGAGAAUAUUGGGAUAAUCCCGGUAUACGGCCCAGCAACCAUCAGUACAACUGGCUUGGAGUGGGAUGUCAAAGAAUGGGAUACGCGGAUGGGUGGUCAAGUCAGUACAAGCAAUCAUGUCAAGGCCGACGAGAUUUGCAUCGAGACAAACGCACCGAUUCUGUUCACGAUAGAAAGAGCUUCUCUAGAGAAAACGAAGGGGACUUAGCAGCUCAUUGCCACUCUAGCCUUUUGGUUUCAAAGUACGGCAAUAUAGUACGCGGAUCUGUUGAAUAUUGUCGAUGAUUAGGUCGCCAUUACGUCCACGUCGAUGGAUGGACUGAGUGAACCAAGUAACGCGAUUGAUUCUCCACUACUUGUGAUCACUGCACCUUCAGGUGACACUUGAUCGAGCAGUUACGGUAACUAUUGAUAGGGGUUGUCCUUACACGUUUUUCUACUGAGCCCUCGACGGAGCCGAAUCAGAACCAGAAACUGAGCAGGAUACGAGGACAUUUGACGAACCGCAAUUUGAAGGGUUGGCGCAUUGUGCAACACACGCCAACUGCCCAUUUAUUCAACGUGCGUCUUCUA